AUGAACAGUUCCCACGCUAUGAAGUCCUGUGUAUUCAUCUUCCUUGUGGCCCUACUGUGUGCAGAGAGAGCUCAGGGACUGCGCUGCUACAGUUGCCAGGGGGUCACAUCUGAAGCUUCCUGCCAAUCUCUUACCUGCCCCUACCCUGAUGGAGUCUGUGUCACUCAGGAUGUGGAAGCGACUGUGGGCUCUCAAAAAGUGAAAGCAAGAAGCAAGUACUGCCUUCCCACCUGCCCUAAGAAUAAGAUACCUCUUGAAAAUAUGCAGAUCAUGGGUGCUGACAUCCACUCCAACAUUUCCUGUUGCAAGGAAGACCUCUGCAAUGCAGCAGUUCCCACUGGGGGCAGCACCUGUACCCUGGCAGGGGUGCUUCUGUGCAGCCUGGCCUCAGUCCUCCUGCAGGCCUUGCUGUGA